AUGAGAACAAGAGAAUUCGACAACCUAUAUCUUGACAUGAAUGGAAUCAUUCACCCUUGCACCCAUCCCGAGGACCGUCCUGCUCCUGCCAACGAGGACGAGAUGUUUGCGCUCAUCUUCGAAUAUAUCGAUCGGAUAUUCUCUAUUGUUCGUCCUCGAAAACUGUUGUAUAUGGCAAUAGAUGGAGUCGCUCCAAGAGCAAAAAUGAAUCAGCAGCGUAGCAGACGCUUUCGAGCCUCUAAAGAGGCAUGGGAGAAGAGCGAGGCGAUUGAAGAGCAACGUCGCCGUUUGGAAGAGGAGGGGGUGCCUCUACCACCAAGAAAAGCUGACGAAGUUCAUUUCGACAGCAAUUGUAUUACGCCCGGAACCCCCUUCAUGGCCAGAUUAGCGGAAGUAUUGAGGUACUAUAUCCACGAUAGAAUAACAACAGAUCCUGCAUGGGCUAAGAUUCAAGUCAUUCUAUCUGACGCCAAUGCUCCUGGGGAAGGAGAGCAUAAGAUCAUGGAUUUCAUUCGUAGACAGCGUUCAAAUCCUGCCCACAAUCCAGAUACGGUGCAUUGUCUUUGUGGCGCGGAUGCUGAUCUCAUCAUGUUAGGCUUAGCUACCCACGAGGCGAACUUUAACAUUAUACGUGAGGAGUUUAUCCCAAACCAACAACGUCCCUGCGAUCUUUGUGGUCAAUAUGGACACGAGUUGAAAGAGUGCAGAGGACUUGAGAACGAAGAGAAAGGCCCCGAGCAUGCUGAUCCCAUUUCAAAAGAGAAAAACUUUAUAUUUCUGCGUAUACCUGUCUUGCGAGAAUAUUUGGAAAGAGAAAUGGCUAUGGAAAACCUUCCCUUCAAAUACGACUUUGAACGCGUCAUUGAUGACUGGGUUUUCCUCUGUUUCUUCGUUGGAAAUGACUUUUUACCACAUCUCCCUUCCUUAGAAAUACGAGAAGGUG